AUGGCGAGUCCAUGGCACACAUCCGGCCUCCGACGGGAUGCUACGUAUAUGCGAAACAUGGAGGAGAUGUACACCAGCACCACCGCCAUCGGAAAAUGCCGGCUGGAUACGGUAGGGCAUCUGAAGCCGUGCGACAACAGACAUGCUCCAAUUCGUCUCUAUCGGAGCUACGGCGAAUGGUUUGAAGCUGGCCUCCAGGCUCCCGUGCCCAAUGUUACCAUGAUGACAACCUCGUCUAGAUUUUGGCCUUAUGGCCAAGAUGUGACAAAGCUGCAUGCGACAGCCGACAAGCGUGAGCAGUACCAGCUCGACGACCGAACGGUCACCAGCAUAAGGCCCUACGUUCCCGCCAGGGACGGGUCGCUUCCAGAUUUGCGGGCAUACCGCGCAGGUGGAUCUCAUGCGGCACAUAUCCCCAACCAUCAAUCAUUUCGAUCCUUUCGGGCUACCGGUAAGAAGGACACCUUUUGUGCUGCCGGCUCGCUUCAGGGGGAUGUGGGCCGUGUAGUUGCCAUGAACAACUUUGCGGCGGAUCACGUCUCCUGGCAGCAGCAUCUCAAUAGAGAGAAGCUGGCACGGAAGAAGGUCACACUGGCGUACUACGGCCGGAAGGGAGGCGCUGAGAUUCUCGCGCCCAAAGUUCCUCCAGCCCCUACAGUGGAGGAUGUCAGCAAGGUCAUGUUCGACAGACUCUACCGGGCAGGUUCGCUGCCUGCCUUGAGCGGGGCCAAAGCGCUUACGCCAGAUGACGGCAACCUGCGGAGCUCAAGGCCUUGCAGUCGAUCCCGGUAUCCGAAGACUCCCCUGCAGUCUUCGGGCAACAUGCUCUUGCCGCCAGGAGCCGGUCCACCGAGCAGAUCCAGCUCCAGCCAUGGAAGGAGAACUGGCGCUCGGCUUGGGUCCAGCGGUGGGCGUAGCCAGCGCAGCCAAGAAGAGGGAUUGCUGUUCUUCAACGAUCAGCAUCGGGAAAAGACUCCCUCCCUGCGGAGCUCGUACUCGCAGUUAAGCACAUCGUCUUCUUUGUGGCUGGAGGUGGAAAAAGCAGUGCAGGAGGAAGUGGCCAAGGUCGUCAAGCCGCUGCAGCAGCAGCUCCACACUGAGGAGGAGGCUCGGAAGCGUGCCGAGGAAGCGCUGAGGAUCCUUGGUGGCACGCCAGAGUCGGAACCGCAAGCAUGA